CAGCGGAAUGGAAUUCAGCUACCGCAAAGUUUGCAGAUUUUACAUUUUUAUGCUUGUCCAUUUUGUCUUUUUUCUUUCAGCUACUAUUUAUACUGUACCAAACAGAUUGGGAAGCUAAAUGUCGAGUUCAUAUCACCGCAAUCGCUCGCCUACUAACAGAAGAAACCGCACUGAUAACUACAGUCGACAGAGCGGUCGUGAAUAUAACCGCGAUUACAAUAGCCAUCGAGAAAGAGAUUAUGUUAGACGAGCCGAUGGUGAGAGCAGUAGCAGUAGACGACGUAACGAAUAUUAUAGAGAAAGCCAGUCAAGAAGGGACAGUCAUGAGGACCGAGAAGUAAGACGCCGAGAAGAUGAUUCAAACAGGCAAAAACGUAGAGACGAUGAAGAAGAAGGGGAAUAUCAAGAGAAUAAAACAGAGCAUGAUCAACCUUCAACGAAUGUAACAGAAACAACUAAAAAGAAAAGAGUGCCUAUUUCUAUUGAAGAACUGAUUCAGAAAAAAGAAGAAGAGAAGAAAUCAACAGAGAAGCCAAAAUUCUUGACGAAAGAAGAACGGGCAAAACUAGCGUUGGAAAAGCGUCAAAAAGAAGUAGAGGAGCAAAGAAAAAGACAAGAGGAGGAAAGAAAGGCUCGACAGAAGUUUGAUUUUGCAGCCGAAGAUGAAAAUAGAAGGAACUAUGACUAUUCUACUUCUCGAUACGAUCGUGACAGACGUAGUGGUAGAUCAGACAGGUACCAAGAAUCCAGCAAAAAGAGAGACGUUGAAGAAGAACCGGAGGAUGGAAGCGUCUUGACCGAGAAAGAAAAGCAAGCCAUUAGAGAACGCUAUUUUGGUGGUGAGCGCAAAAAGAGAAAAAUUCGUCGAAUGAAUGAGCGUAAAUUUGUGUUUGAUUGGGAUGCAGGAGAAGAUACUUCCCAUGAUUUCAAUCCUUUAUAUGCUAAUAAACACAAUGCACAAAUGUUUGGUCGUGGACAUAUUGCGGGUAUUGACCCCAAGGAACAAAAGAAACAGCAGUCUGAAUUCUACGAUCGAUUAUUAAAAGAACGUAGAACGGCCGAAGAAGUUGAAAGAGCUAGUCGUUUGAAGGAAAUGGCCAUGAAUAAGGAAGCCAAGAUUAAAUGGGACGAUAGACACUGGAGCGAAAAGCCAUUAGAGCAAAUGAGAGAGAGAGAUUGGCGUAUUUUCAAAGAAGACUUUAACAUCUCCACGAAGGGUGGUAACAUUCCUCAUCCUAUUCGUUCCUGGGAUGAGUCUAACCUGUCAGAUAAGAUCCGUAAAAUUAUUGAUCAAGUUGGAUAUAAGGAGCCCACCCCUAUCCAAAGACAGGCUAUCCCUAUAGGUUUGCAGAACAGAGAUAUUAUUGGUAUUGCAGAGACGGGUUCCGGUAAAACUGCUUCCUUUGUUAUUCCAUUGUUGGUGUAUAUUUCUGAUCUACCCAAAAUGACCGAAGAAAAUAUGGCAGAAGGUCCUUACGCGUUAAUCAUGGCGCCUACUCGUGAAUUAGCCCAGCAAAUUGAGCAAGAAACACUCAAGUUUGCUACACCUAUGGGUUUCAGAUGUGUAUCUAUUGUGGGUGGUCAUGCCAUUCAAGAGCAAUCGUUUAACCUACGUAAUGGUGCUGAAAUUGUCAUUGCUACUCCAGGUCGUUUAAAGGAUUGUUUGGAUAGGAGAAUUAUUGUUUUGAAUCAAUGUGCCUAUGUCGUCAUGGAUGAAGCUGAUCGUAUGAUUGACAUGGGUAUGGAAGCAGAUGUGAACGAUAUCUUGGAUGCUUUGCCUGUCACCAACAAAAAACCCGAUGACGAUGAAGAGGAGGGUGGAAUGCAGGUGGACCUUCCUCAGGGACAAAAGUACAGACAAACCAUCAUGUUUUCAGCAACAAUGCCUCCAGCUGUUGAACGUUUAGCAAAGAAAUAUCUCCGUAAGGAAGCCGUCGUGACGAUUGGUCAAGCUGGUCAAGCUGUAGAGACCGUCGAACAACGUGUCGAAAUGGUUAACGAUGAAGCCAAGAAAACGAACCGUCUUAUGGAAAUUCUCAAUUCUGGCAAAUUUACGCCGCCUAUCAUUGUAUUUGUCAAUCAAAGAAAAGAUGUGGAUAUGCUAUCCAAGACUGUCAACAGAGCCGGUUUCCACGCUGUUACACUCCAUGGUCGUAAAUCACAGGAUCAGAGAGAGUAUGCCUUGGCUCAACUCAAAAAUGGAACAGCCGAUAUAUUGGUCGCUACAGAUGUUGCUGGCCGUGGUAUUGACGUCAAGGAUGUGUCUCUUGUGGUCAAUUAUGAUAUGGCCAAGUCAAUUGAAGACUACACUCAUCGUAUCGGUCGUACUGGUCGUGCUGGUAAAUCGGGUGUGGCUAUUACUUUCUUAUCGAAUAAGGAUUCAGAGGUUAUGUACGAUCUUCGGCAAAUGUUGGCCAAAUCGAGUAUAUCAAAGGUACCACAUGAAUUGGCUGUUCAUCCCGAUGCUCAAACAAAGCCUGGUACUGUAAAGUCAAAGAAAAAGCAUGAAGAAACAUUAUAUAAUACUUGAUCGAUCAAAAAUAUGAUUUGAUCAUAAAGUGAAAUACCCUGUAUUGGUAAUUAAACA